UGAGGUCAAACAUCAUGAGGUUGCUACACUGAACACUCACCAACCUGAUGAGAGUUCGACCUCCCGACUACAUCACCCCGAGAUCACAUAUCAUAAGAUCGCUACAUCGAUCUUCACCAUAGAAAUUCAAUAGAUCGCUCGUCUUGAGAUCGUAGUACCGGCUACUCUUGGCGAGCUGAAUCUGUGCCAACAACAGUCAAUCCCGCCCGCCAUAAAAUAUUCCUACCCCGGGUGGCCGUUUCUUUCCGGGCUCUUCAACUACCCCAUUAUCUCCUCAACAAACAAAUCUUGGAGAUUCUCACUUCAGGCUUUUCCCAAAGACCAAGGAUUUUACCUCUUAAUCCGGGGUUUUCGUCCUCCUCCUGUGGAACUCUGUUCGGAGCUAAAAGAAAGGAGAUGGUGUCCCUGCCGCCGGAGCAUUCCGCUGAUUGGGUCUUCGAUUACGCCUUACUCGAAGAUAUGCCUCCUCUCGACCCGACGUUCCGGUGGCCCCACCUCCAGGACGCUUUCCCUUCUCCUACUACUCUAAGUAUGGAAUUCGGCGACUCUUUUGGGGAUCCAGAUUGUAUAAAGGAGCACGGCUCUAGAAAGAGAUUGAGGUCAGGAGCUAGUGGUGCAUCUGAUUCAAAAGCUUACAAGGAGAAAGUACGAAGGGAUAGGCUGAAUGACAGAUUCCAAGAACUAAGUUCUAUACUAGAACCUGGAAGGCCACCCAAAAUGGAUAAAGCUGGUAUAUUGAAUGAUGCAGUUCGUCUGGUGAUUCAAUUGAGAGAAGAAGCGCAAAAGCUAAAAGAAUCACAUGAUAAUUUACAGAGGAAGGUCAACGAACUGAAGACAGAGAAGAACGAACUACGAGAUGAGAAGUUGAAGCUGAAGGCAGAGAAAGAGAAACUAGAAGAGCAAGUGAAAGCAUUAAGCUUGCCAUCUGGUUUUUCAGUUCACCCACUUCCAGUUCCUGCUUCUUUUGCAGCUACAUCUCCACUCCUUAGUAGCAAGCUGGUGCCACUAUUCAGAUACCCUGGGAUUCCCAUGUGGCAAUUUAUACCCGCAACUGCAAUUGAUACUUCAGAAGAUCAUGCUCUCCGUCCUCCAGUUGCUUGAGUUCUGGACCUUCCCACCUGACAAAUUGCUUAUGUUGAUUGCCGACAAACUUCUUGAUGUUCUCCUUCUAUUAACGUAUCAAGGCUAGUCUAACCGAUUCGUAUUAUCUUCUGAAAACUUGACUAUAUUUGACUGCUUGAAUUACCUUGCGAUUGAAAUAAUCUGCAAGUUUUUCUUUGAAAUUUGGGUAUAUUCCUCUAUCCUCUUCUUUAAGCUGUCCCUUUCUAAUUUUAAUUCGGAAAAAACCACGGUUUCAAAGAACUUGGGAUCAUCUAUCUAUUCCCUAACAAACUGAUGCUCAUUAUUAUUUCUUUUUCACCAGUGGGGGCGUGAAGAUGGUCAUUUCAUUAUUGAUUUUAUUUAUCUUUUCCAUCCUAUAGAAGCAAUGAUGAAUACAGAUCAAAGAAGGGAAUAUGUACGUCAUUUACUGAAAUUUCUUUGUGCGGUGCAAUUAGAUGAUGAUGUAUUUGAUGUUUCAAUUCUUUGUCUGAACUCACUGAA